AUGGAUGUCAUGGUUGUGUGGAAAUAUAAUUUCAAUAACUAAGAUAAUAAACAAUAACACAAUAAUAAUGGUUUUCGAGUAUUUGUUUUUGGAUUAUCUUAUGAUUUAAAAUAUUUAGCAGUUGCUGAGAAGAUAAUCAGUAGUUAGCACAAUCCAUAUAGGGUAAAAUAAGUUUAUUAAUAAUUCUAUUUUAGAAUAAAACUAUUUGAAACUAAAUUAUCUACAAUCAUUAUUGAAAGUAGUUUAUAACACAUUGACUUUUAUUAUAUAAAUUUCAUUUUUUCUAGAGAUUCGAAUUUUCUAUUUUGGUAAGGAAGUUGGGAUAGUUAUUUAAUAAUCGAUAUUUAAAAAAAAAAAAAUACAUCUUUAAAAAUUUUUUAGAAGGAAAACCAUUUUUUAUUUUUUAAAUGGAAACAAUUAAAAGUAUAUAUAUAUGGAAAAAUGAGAAAGUAUUUCAUGUCAAUUCAGAGUAGAUCGAUAUGCAAUAAGAAAAAGAAAUUUAUAUUAAAUUCGAUUUUGAUCUGUUAUAUUUCAAAUCAUUUUUAUUAAAGUUUGCCUUGAUUAGCACAGAAUUAUACUAAUAUAUAAUUUAUCUUGGAAAUUGUAAAGUUAUUACAUUAAGAAAAAUAUAAAUUGAUGAUAGAUUAUAAUAAAUCAUUUUUAAAAACUACUUUAUAAUUGAAGAAGAGAAUUUACAAAGAACAGAAUGUACUAAGUAGUGGGAAAUUAGUAAGAAGAAUAAAAAAUCUAUUUGGAAAUUCUGGUUAUGUUUAUUAAGAUGAACAUGGAAUUUAUAAACAUGUAAUUUUCAAUAUAGAAAAUCCAAUUAAUCAUUAUUAAAUUAAAAUAUUUGACUUCUCAAGGGGAACGUUUAAAGAAAUAUCUUAUUAGAUUAAAUCAAAAUAUAACAAUAAUCUUCAAAUAUCUAGGUUUUUUAAUUAGUUUAUUUAUACAUCAACAUCGAAUGGUCUGUAAAAUUAAAUUACAUGCUACACAUUAAGAUGA